AUGUCUCUUCGGUUUGUUCGUGCUUUUUCCUCCGCCAACGUGCUCAGAGCCAACUACGGUUUCAUUGGUCUCGGCCAGAUGGGCCAGCACAUGGCCAGACACAUCUACGCUCAGUUGGAGCCUCUGGAUAAGUUGUAUGUCUACGACACGGUUCCCGACGCCACCAAGGCGUUCGUUGAAAACGUCACAUCUCAGAAACCCGAGGCCAAGAACCAGCUUACGGCGCUCGACCUGAUCCCCAAGUUCGUCACAGGUGUCGACUCCCAGUUGGAUUUCAUUGUGUCCAUGGUUCCAGAGGGAAAACACGUCAAGGGCGUUGUUUCCGAGCUCGUGGAGGCCUACAAGGCGAACCCACAGAACGCCUCCACCACCUUCUUGGACUCCUCCACCAUCGACAUCCCUACCUCCGUCGAGGUGCACGAGUUGGUCAAGAAGGAGCUUCCUUCGUUUGAUUUCAUCGACACCCCAGUGUCCGGUGGUGUGGCUGGUGCCCGUAAGGGUACCUUGUCGUUCAUGCUCUCGAGAGCUGAGCACUCGGACGUUGCUCCAGACCUCGUGAAGUUGUUGAACUUCAUGGGCUCCAACAUCUUCCCAUGCGGCUCACGUCACGGUGCUGGUUUGGCUGCGAAAUUGUCCAACAACUACCUUUUGGCCGUCACCAACUUGGCUGUCGCCGACUCUUUCCAAUUGGCCAAGGCCUUCGACUUGAACUUGCAGCACUACGCCAAGCUCGUGGCUGUUUCCACCGGUAAGUCCUGGGCUUCCGUGGACAACUGCCCAAUUCCAGGCGUCUACCCAGAAAACAGCUUGCCUGCUGAUGUCGGCUACCAGGGCGGUUUCAUCACCAAGUUGACCAAGAAGGACCUUGUUUUGGCCACCGACUGUGCCGAGCAGUACGACCGUGCUUUGUUCUUGGGUGACAUUUCCAAAAAGUGGUACCUCAAGGCUUGCGAGAGAGAGGACCUCGGAACCCGUGAUUUGGCUGUUUUGUACGAAUGGCUUGGAGAGCUCCGCAAGGAAGGCGGCGAGUACGUGGACAACAAGACGUCAGAGAAGUUUGACAUCUAA